AUGCUCGACGGUUACAUUUAUUCCAACACCGGGCUCGUCGACCGCCUGGUGGAAGCUCGCGACCGAACAUCCAGGAGCAGUAGGGACGCGAAAAAGAGCCAAAUCGCUUUGGAAGAUCCAAAGGGGAAAGAGAAGAAAGACGAAGCUGUCGUACGCAGACUUGAGGGAGAGAUGGACAAACUUACCGAUCUAGUGCUCCUGCACGAUGCUCAAGAAUAUCAAAAAGAUGUCAAGGACGGCACCCGCUCAUUCAUGCAUUAA